AUGUCAGAACUUCGCCAGCGACAGGCUGCUUCAGCCUCAUCCUCCCGGGAUGACGGAAAAAGCACGCCGCAACAGCGACCGCAAACCCGUACCGAUGAGGACCAUGGCAUCAGCCUCCUCGACAUAAUCCGUAUCCUUGCGACACUUAUUCUUGCCGGAUUCGGCACCUCCUACUACAUGACAAACGGCGAGUCGAUUCUAUUCGGCUAUCGGCCCUGGUUUACACGGUGGCCAGUCAUCAACCAAGCGAUUAAAGGAGCCGUGAAUCUUACCCCUGCCGAACUCGCCCUUUACAACGGUAGCGAUGAGUCCCUUCCUAUCUACUUAGCUGUUAACGGUAGUAUCUUCGAUGUCUCCGCAAACCCAGCUAUGUACGGUCCUGGUGGAAGCUACAAUUUCUUUGCGGGUCGCGAUGCUACUCGCGCUUUUGUUACCGGCUGUUUCCGUGACGAUUUAACGCCUGACCUUACGGGUGUAGAGGAAAUGUUUCUACCGGUUGAAGAUGUGGAGAAUGAGGGACUGACGUCGGGGGAAAUUAAGAUUCGGAGGGAGCAGGAUUUGCGAUUUGCACGCGAGCAGAUUGAUAAGACCGUGAAGCGAUGGGAUGGAUUCUUUCGGAACUCUAAGAAGUAUUUCCCUGUUGGCGUGAUUGUCGGGUAUGAUCCUAAGAGUGAUAUUGAGGUUGGGAAGAGGGGGCUUUGUGAAAGUGCCCAGAGACAGAGGCCCAAGAGGAGUGAGAUGUGA